UGGCAUCGAGGUUUUUCCAUCUCUAUCUUGAAACGGUCGGACGCUAAAUUUCGGUGCUAGAAGAUAAAACGAUAAACUUAAUUCAAAUCUAAUCUAUCAGCGAAGAAGUAAACAACAAUUAUGAUUGAUUUCUGAGCGUCGUCGCGUCUUUUGAAUAUGUUUCAUUAAUCAAUUCAAAAACGUAGUAAAACAAACAACAAAGAAAACAAAAAAAAUUGCAAACCUCGCGAAACGCUGGAAAUUGCGCGUGUGCGGGUGGAACAGAGUGACAGUUGAGUGAAAAUAAUUGCCAAAGGAAAAGGCGGAUAAAUAUAAAGGAAUAACGCCCGCGGCGAAAUUGUAUGGGUGUGCGAAAAGAAAGGAGAAAUAUCAAAAGCAAAUAGUUAAAAAAAUGCAAAAAAUAAGUGUGUGUUUGUGAGAGUGGGUGACAAAUGAUUGGGCAGCAAUAAAGCAAAGAAGUCAAUCAGCGAUAAGCAGUUAAGCCAACUAAAGAACGACUCCUAACGCAUGUUACGCACAACUGUUUGUCCUAAAAACUAGGAGAUUUUGAACAUGAACAAAAAUGCCGGCGAUGGCAGCGAUGGCAAAAACUCAAAUAAAAACUCAAAUGCGGGAGGGGGUGCUGGAGCCGGGGGGCCACAUGACCCCACCGGCCUUCUAGAUGCAGCUUCCCUAUUUGCUUACUGGGGACGUGAUCCAACUGGAGCGGCAGCUGCAGCAGCCUCCAAUCCACUGUUCAACUCGCAGUUUAAUGCCGCCGCUGCUGCAGGAUUGGGUUUAUUGCCUCAAGCCGGAGGCGCUUCUGCCAAUGACCGUUAUUCGAUGGCCGCUGCAGCCGCGGCGGCGGCGGGCGCCCAUCAUCACCAGAACACGAUGGCAGUGGCCGCUUCCCAGGCCGCCAGUUUGGCCGGUUUGCAUCCAGCAAGCUGGUGGUCGAUGGCCCAGCUAGCUGCCCAGGACUAUUUUAGUCGCCUGCAGGCCUCGGGUCUCUCGCCUUUUCCCCAUCCCGAUCUGGCGGCUGCCUUUGGACCAGCUGGAAUGGGAAUGGGUGGUGGUGGUGGAGGUGGGGGUGCCGGGGGCGGAGGAGCAGGUGUACUCGGACAAGGUGGCGGCGGAGGAAAUGGUGGAGGAAGUGGCAAUGGUGGCUCGUCAUCCAGUUCCUCGGGCAGCAAGUCGAACAAGUCGCGAAAGGAGAAGCGAGCUGCCCAGCAGCAACAACAGCAACAGCAGAGCCUGGCCAAUAGCCUGAAUGCGGCAGCAGCGGCGGCAGCAGCAGCAGCGGCCAAUAAUCCUGCAGCGGCGCUGGCCAGUAUGCACGGAUUUGGAGUGGGAGUGCCGGGAACCAGCAUUCCGUCGGUAAGCACUGGAAGCGGUUCGAUAUCCACCAACAGCGGAGGUCACGGGGGUUACAAGAGCACGGCCAGCGCCUAUGGAAAACCGUCGACCAUGACGAGUAGCAGCAUGGCAAGCAAUCCUGGCUCUGCCUACGAUCCGGUGACCCUGCACAAGGAGCUCCUGGCCAUGCAGGCCGUGGCAGCCGCCGCUUCAGGCUCGGGGUCAAGUGGUUCGUCCGGCAAAAAGUCCAGUGGAGGAGGUUCUUCCUCCUCGAUGCAUGGCCAUGGUUUGGGAAUGGGCAGCGGCGGUGGCCUGAUGUCCAGUGGCAAGGCAUCGACCAGUGUGAGCGCCAGCAAUUCAUCGUUGGGAGGUAUGCAUCCCAGUCUGGCUAGCAGCAAUCCGCUGAUGUCGCCACACGCGGGAUUAGGCUCCUCGUCUUCUUCAUCCGGCAAGGACCGGGACAAGAACAAUCCCUCGCUGAACGCCCUUAAUUCGCUGUCGCAGUUUGGAGCUUUGGGAAUGACGCCACAGCAGAGCAUGCAGGCGGCAAUGAAUGCGUUUGCGGCUAGCACAGGUGUAUCACCAUCCGCCACGGUCACCUCCUCGCCGCAUCACUCCUCCCAGCAGCAGCAAAUGGGCGGUAACACUUCAACGUCGGGAUCCGGGGGCAAGUCCAACGCCAAGGAUUACAUGAUGGGCACUGGUAGUGAGCACCCUUCCCUGCUCGGAGUUCGUUUACCACCGGACACGGAGAUUAUCAAGUACACGUCCUCGAUUGUGGGACCCAAAAUACCUGGUACUACCUCGCGCGGUCGCAAAAAGACAAUUUCCGAAACAGAACAGCAAACAACACAACAACAACAGAAACAACACCAAGCAGAACAACACCUACUCCAACAACAGCAACAAGCACAAGCACAAAAAGAGCUGGACAGCACCACAAAUGCCAUUUCCUCUCUGCUUGCAUUUCCAGGGCUCAGUCCCGCGAAACGGGCCAGACUCGAAAUGGAGUACGCGGCAAUGGCGGCGGCCGCCCAGCAUCAACAUCAGCAGGCCCAACAGCAACACCAGGCGCAGCAGCAACUUCACGGUAUGUUGGGGGCAGCCGGAAUCCCAGGAAUGGCUGGUCUGGUCGGCCUGCCGGGCAUGAGCGGUAAUCCCCUCGAUCAGUUGACUGUAAGCAAGGCCAGCUCCUCGUCGGCGGCCACGACCAGCACCAGUUCCUCCUCGGCAGGAAGCAACCUGCUCAACCAGAGCUCCAGUGAUCGCGUCGAGGUGAUCAAACUGCCACCAACUAUCACUUCCAACGGGGCCUACAACCUCUCGAGCAAGGGAAAAGAGGUGCACGACCUCACCACCGAUCUGGCGCCCACUUCGGGAGGUGUGAAUCUCAGCCUGAAGGCUAAUGCCAACGCCUUGACACCCAGCGGAGCAGUUGGCUCAGCCUCGAAUCCCAUCACCAUCGAUGACUUUGAUGCGCCACUUAAUCUUUCCAUGAAACCCUCGGAUAAGAGCAACACUAGUUCCUCAACUCCGGCAGGAGGAGCCUCCUCCUCUUCUAGUGCAGCGUUGGCAGGGCUGGCCAGCGAAUAUCAGGCAGGCGCCAGUGGCCAAGGCGGGAAUAGCCUGCAGAGCUUGAGUUCUAUAACGGCUGCCUUGGGAGGAGCUGGAGGUAUGCCAGGUGGCUCCAUCUCGGGCAGUGGAGGAACGUCUCCGGCUCCAGCAGGAGCUGGCACAGGAGCCACUGGUGGCUCGGGAUCUGGUUCCGGAGGAGGAUCGUCAUCUUACAAGGAGGGAAGACCUCGCAACCUUGGACGCGGUGUAUCAAAGCCCAAGAAGAACACGGUGGCUUCGCUGCUGGCUCAAUCCCGAGCUGUGGGCCUCAAACCCAUGCUGGCAACCCAACAACUGCUUCAACAGGGUGCUGAUAUCGAGAAAAUACGCUUGGCGUUGAGUGAGGCGAAUGCCCACAUGGAGACCUCCACGGAUUCGGAGAGUGUGGCGGCCGAAAGUGGUCUCUCCGAAUCGGAGAGUGAGGAUGCCAAUAUCCUUAAUGUGGCAGAGCUAAGGGUGCCACUGGAAUUGGGCUGGAAGCGGGAGACCGUGAUCCGUGGCCUGACCAAGCAGGGUCAGAUCCGUGGCGAGGUCACCUAUUAUGCACCGGGCAGCACGGCGCCUUUGAAAAGCAACGGACAGGUUUUUGCUAUCCUGGAGCAGCAGCCAUCGAAUCUUAGUCGUGAGAACUUUAGUUUCUCCGCGCGAGCCAUUGUUGGUUCAUUCCUGCAGCCUGCACCUCCGCCGUAUGCCAACGACGGCGAGUACAUUCGGAUGACGGACGAGGAUGUGGCCAAGCGGCUAGAGGAUCUGAAGGUUUUUACCCGCCAGACACUUAAUGUGGAGCAGCGCAUCGAGAUUGCCAAGCAGCAACAGGCCAUGCGUGAUGCAAAAAAGCUACAGAAGGAGGAGUUGGCCAGAAAUAAGGAGAAGGCGCGCCAGGAGAAGAACUCCAAGUUGGAGCAGCAGCGCAAGGACAAGGAGCUCAAGAACCAGCAAGCCGUCGAAGAGCGCAAAAAGCGUCAGGAGGAGCUAGAUCGCCUUAAGCAAGAGGAGCUGCUGAAAAAGCAACAGGAGAAAGAGAAGCGUCGUCAAGAGGCCAUUUUAGCCAAGGAACAGGAACUGCAGAAGCAGAAAGAAAUGCUGUUGGCUGCCGAAAUGGAACGGGAGCGUCGUCGUCAGCACAUGAGUCUCAUCCGAAUGCUAGAACUGCGGCGCAAAUUUGAAGAUCGCGAAAAGAAGAAGCACCAGCUGGUGCUGGAUCGAUUGCUUCUCCGUGAGCGUCGCAUGGCGGAGCGGAAACGAGAUGCAGAGAUCCUGCAGUUGAUUCGAAGACCCAACGAGGACUCGGAAAUGCCGCAAGAAUUGGACAUCCCAGAGCUGGACAGGAUUGCGGGCAACCGUCUGCCCGGCCAGGCGAUGGCCGAUUUGCUAAUGGUCUUCGAAUUCCUGCACAACUUCGGGGAGACUCUGGGCUUCGACAUGGAGUCGCUGCCCUCGUUGCAGAAUCUUCACGAUGCUCUAAUCAGCGAUAGCAGUGCGGAUGCUGAAGAGGAACUGCUGUCGGUAAUGACGCAUCUAUUGGUUUGUGCCAUUGAGGACCCGGGAGUUCCAAAUCCCGGUCGCCACACCACUUUGCUGGGACAAUCACUUCGCAAUGCUGACAUAACCAACUCGAAUGUGUCGGAGAUCCUGAGGAUCUAUCUGUAUGCCACGGCCACAGGUGAAGUGCGCCAAAUGCACGGCAUUAUUGUGGAUCGCGAGCGGGAGAGGAGAGUGCCCGAUCAUCAUCAACUAGAUGCCGAUUCCGCCACUCACUCGCAUUCAGCGAAGAACCAGGAGUACUACAAGCUCCUUCACGAGAACGACACCUGGAAGCUGUCGCACUCGCUGAAGGAUCGCCCCUUCGUGGCGUUGAAUCCCACCCGGAAAGCCCAAAUGCUCGCCCACCUUUGCAAUGAUCUGCUGAUGAACAAGGCGGUGCUUCGCCAGAUUGAUGGCAGCCUGGAGACCUGCGCCCAGAUGCGCAAGGAGAAGUACAUGACGGACAUGAAGGUGCGCAAGUACAAGGCACUCCACAUGCGCAAGGCUCGCAUUGAGGCCUAUGAACGAGCCCAAGCGGAACGUGAGGCAGCGAUGCAGGCGUUGAUGGCGCAGCAGAAGCUGGAUGCAGAGCGACUAAAGGCGGAGGAGGAAGCCAAGGCCGCGGCAGCCGAGGAAGCAGCAGCUGCAGCAGAAACAGAUGGAGAGGCGACCAAGGGCGGCUCAUCCAAUGGCGAGAAGCCCGAAGAGGAGGAUCAGGACGAGCAGGCGGUCACCAAGGAACCCCAGCAGCAGCAGCCUAUGGAGGUGGAUGGCGUGGUCGAUGAGGAAUCCCUCGUGAGCCCGGCCAAAAGCAUCAUCCAAGCGGACAACAGUCUCACGCCCAACAAACUGGAUAUGGCUACGCCCACCUAUCAAAUUAAUGGAUCCAGCACACCAACAACAAGUGGAACUGGAGGAGAGAUGAAUGCCCUGCUGCAGGCCAAGAAAAGCGGAGCACGCAAUUCGAUUAACGAUGAACACCAUCAAGAUGUUAGCAUUAUCGACGAUGAUCUCUCCGACUUGGAUUCGGAGAUCACGAAUGUCGAGGAGGACGAGGACAAUCGCUUGAGUGCCGAUGAGUUGCAGAAGAAGCUGGACAAAAUUGUGCGAGCUUCGCUUAACUGCAAAGAGGCGCUGGAGAAGAGCACCAAUCAGCUGAGAGCCGCCUGCUUUGGACAGGAUCGCUUCUGGCGUCGCUACUGGAAGUUGCCCAAGGCGGGUGGUAUCUUCAUUGAAGCUCUUGAGUCGGCCCAGAAUGAUAUUUGCGGUUAUCAUGAGGCAUUGGAGGGCAUGGAUGACAAAAAGGAUGCAGUUGGCGAGAAGGAGAGCUCACAGAAAGAGAAAUCAGGAGUGGAGGAGUCCACUGAACAACCCAUGGAGGUGGAUGAAUCUCUCACCCAAGUGGAAGAUGGAGUUUCAGCUCAGAGUGUAGAGCCGACUGAAACUAAUCAACAAAAUGCCCAUCAAGAAGAGGAUGAUGACGAUGAUGAUGUGACAGAAAUCAACAAGGUAGAACCGGAGAUUGUUGACCUGGGCGAUGAUGAUGAUGAUGCAGCACCGCCACUGCCCAAAGUAGAACCUCCCAGACCCGAGAUCAAGGUUAAAUCAGAGAUGGAGCUAAUGGGUCCGCCGCCCACGACGAUGAUAGCCACCAAGACGGACUUUGAGGCGGAGAUCAAGAUACCCGCCAUGCCCGGCAUCUUGAUGCCGCCUACCCUCAACAAUAAUAACAACAGCAAUAACAAUAACAACAACAAUGGAAGCGACAACUGUGAUAAGUUGGAAACUGGCUUGAAUCUGGGAUUAGGACAGCAGCAACAGCCGCAGCAAAACUUUAAUCAAGCAGUGAUCAAGAUGGAGGACAUGAAGAAGGAGGAUGACUGCAUCAUAGUCUCCACCUCCAGUGGUGACGAUACGCCCAAGUGGUUCUCCAUUGUCCGCCGCGAAGUGCCGCUGAUCAGUGAACUGCCAGCGGAGGAGGGCGGCGUGGUGGGCCAGGAACUGCAAAACAGCUUUGCGAACCACAACUGCUCUGCCCAACUGCAGCUGCAGGGUCAUCCCUGGGAUCUUAUCAACAACAUGCAGUACUACUCGAUUCCCAUGGACGAAUGCAAAGUGGACACCAGCAAACUGGGCAACGAGUGCAUCUUCUCGCUUAGCGGCCUCGAUGAAAAACAAAUGCUGGCCAAGGUGGAGGAGUACAAGGCCCACAAGGUGGAGUCAAAAAACGGUCUGGGCUCUCCUCAUCGCCACCAUGAGACUGAAGAUGAUGAGGAGCAGGCCAAGCUGAAGUUGGAUAAGGUGACCGACACCGAAAUGGAAACGGAUGCAGAUGAGCUGGCUCGCAAGGAGAAGUUUUUUCGCUUGCGCUCUGAUGCGCCCCCGGAUACGGGAGGAGGGGCCAACGAGGGAGCCGAUGUGAAGCCGAAGAUUGAAUUGCGUUUGGAUGAGGCGCUCUCGCAGGCAUAUUACCACAAUAUAGCCAAUAUGUCACUGAGCAGUGUGCAAACUUAUAUACCCAUCGACAUACCGCUGCCUCUUUCCAUGACCCCCGAUGAGCAUCGUCUGCUGGAGCAGGUCAAGUUGGCUGGUUUUCCUGAACGAGUUCAUGGUGUUUAUGUGCCCCGCAGACAGCGAUACGGCUGGUGGCAAUUGGACGACGAACAGAAGUUGCGACAGCUGCUCAAAACCCUUAAUCCAUCCGGCUUAAGGGAACGUGAACUGCAGGAGAAUCUCCAGCGAUUCCUUGGUUUGGAACAACCCUUGGGUGUAAGUUAUCAGAUGAAAUCUGACACCGAGUUUGCGGAGGAAUUUCUAAUGCCGGACAAGAAGGGCGAUUGGAAUCCCAAGGUGGCAAAACGGGUGGAACUGGCCCUCAUCGAGCAAUUGGAAUCACUGGAGGACAAGGUGGCCAGUGCUUCCAUGCAAUUGAAGAACUGGCAAUUGCCCAACCGAGUGGAGAGUGAACUAACUUUGGACUCGCAGGAGGAUGUCAGCGAAGAGGAUUUCGUGAGCAUUAUACCCAUGAUUCGGGAGAGGAUUAUCGAUUUGGAGGCCAAUAUCGAACGGCGUUACUUAAAGCCUCCGUUGGGCUCUCAGACAGGCGAUGCCCAUUUGGCGGUGAUUGCCCAGAACCAGCAUACUACAACCCAGACGCAGAAUUCCGCAUCUGCGGCAGCAUAUCUCCUGCAGAUGCAACAGCAGCAGCAGCAACAGUUGGCCCAACAGCAGCAGCAACAGGGAUCGGGAACGGGCAAUAGCCUGAAUCCCUCAUCCUUCAAUGAACGCACAAUGGCUCUGGCUGCAGCAGCAGCAUCGUCGGGAACAGGAACCGCAGCUGCAGGAGGCAACGCGGCACCCGGAGGAGGAGUAACCCCCUGUGAAUCCGGCAGUGGAGAACCGAACUCCGGCAAUGCAUCACCGGCAAGCAAUUGUGACAGCGAUCGGGAUGAGAAGGUGGAGCACAUUCCCAAAGGAUUGGUUCAGUGGCGCGAUGCAGUUUCCCGAUCGCACACCACCGCCCAGUUGGCCAUGGCCCUGUACGUCCUGGAAUCCUGCGUGGCCUGGGACAAAAGCAUUAUGAAAGCGUAUGCAACAAAAAACAAGUCCAGCAGGAAGAAGAGCAGCUCCAAAAAGCAGGCGACACCCGUAAACAAAAAGCAGCAAAAGAAGAAAAAGGAGCAGCAAUUGACCACCAAUGGAAAAAAGAAAGAAACCCCAACCAAAAAGCAAGAGAACAAAGCACCGCUGAGCAUCAAAAUCAACCUCAAGGCUCUGGCGCAAAAUGGACAGGACUCACAGCAACAAACCCAAACAACAAAAGCCCUUAUCCAAACCAUGUCCAAAUCCAAAUCCCUAUCCCCAUCCUCCACUUCAAACACAAGCGACUCCGACUCGGACUUUGGCAAACGGACGACGAAGAAGAGUGGCGGCGGCGGCAAACGUAGACGCUCCUCGGCCAACAAUACAAACUCUAGCAAAUAUUCCAAUUCCUUCCAGAAUUGCCAGUUCUGCACGUCCGGCGAAAACGAGGACAAGUUGCUACUGUGCGACGGCUGCGACAAGGGCUAUCACACCUAUUGCUUCAAGCCCAAGAUGGACAACAUUCCCGAUGGCGAUUGGUACUGCUACGAGUGCGUGAACAAGGCCACCAAUGAGCGCAAGUGCAUCGUUUGCGGCGGCCAUCGUCCCUCGCCGGUGGGCAAGAUGAUCUACUGCGACUUGUGUCCACGUGCCUACCAUGCCGACUGCUAUAUUCCCCCGCUGCUGAAGGUGCCGCGUGGCAAGUGGUACUGCCAUGGCUGCAUCUCCCGGGCGCCUCCGCCCAAGAAACGCAGUGCUGGCGGAACGGCCAGCAGCAGCAGCAAAUCCAGGCGGGACAGGGAACGGGACUCGGGCGGCUCAGCCAAGCGGCGCAGCGACAGCAGCAAGACACCACAUCAGAGCAUGGAGCACAUACAGCAGCAGCAGCAACAGCAGAUUCCACUGGCAGGCGGGGACACCCACCAUCAUCAUCAUCAUCAGCAGCCGCCGUCGCUGAACUCCUCGCACGAUGAGUCGAUGAAUUCGCUGCCGGCGGCGCCUCUGAGUCCGGCGCACUCGGUUGCUUCGGCCACGACCUACGAUGACCAGCAUCAUGCCAACAACUCGGUCGACGGCAGCAGCCGCUUCCAAGCGCAUCUCAUCCCCCCGCCCAAUAAUGGCACGGCGGCGCUGCUGGAAGAUGUGUCAGCCAAUGCCAGUGUGAUGCCCAGCAGUUAUCCGGCUUAUCCGCCAGUUGCGGCGGGCAAUUUCUCGGCUGGAUUGAUUAACCCGGUGCCGGUGCCGGUUCCGGUGCCACCAGCGAUGCAGUUCGCCAAUGUGGUCGCCAUGUCACCACGGGCCGUCACGCCCACCCGCACCCGAACGCCCACACCGACGCCGGCGCCCACUCCGCCACCACCGCCGCCGACACCGCUGCUCAUGCAGGCCUCGCCCACAGCCGCCCUCCACGUAACCGCCUGCCAGUCGCCGCCCCAACAGCAUCCGCAUCCGCUGAUGACCAUGCCCUCGCCACCGGCCAUCGGAGUGGGAACGGGAACCAACCAAAUGUCGCCACCACCCAUUAACAUACAUGCCAUUCAGGAGGCCAAGGAGAAGCUGAAGCAGGAGAAGAAGGAAAAGCACGCCACCAAAAAGCUCAUGAAGGAGCUGGCCGUCUGCAAGACGCUAUUAGGGGAAAUGGAGCUCCAUGAGGACUCGUGGCCAUUUCUAUUGCCAGUAAACACCAAGCAGUUUCCCACAUAUCGCAAAAUAAUCAAAUCGCCCAUGGACUUGUCCACGAUCAAAAAGAAACUGCUGGAUUUGACCUAUAAAACCCGUGAGGACUUUUGCGUGGAUGUGCGUCAGAUCUUCGAUAACUGUGAGAUGUUUAACGAGGACGACUCGCCCGUUGGCAAAGCGGGGCACGGCAUGCGCAAGUUCUUUGAGUCGCGUUGGGGCGAGCUGACCGACAAACACUCCUGAUCCUGCACCACCAUCGGCCCGCCACAGAUCCAAAUGGCUACCACCAACAGCAGCAUAGCCACCGGCACCACAACUACCACCAUCACCACCACCAACAACAUGGCCGGCACAGCCACACAUCCCAUUGAGAUGGUCACUCUGAUUGCCACAUCGCAAGAGGAGGACGAAGGAGCCGUGGAGACGACAACAGCAUUAACUGAAGCAGCACAAUUUUGGUCAAGAGAUUAGAGUAGAUUAAGCAGAGAUUGUACAUAAUUAGGGUGGAUAGAGACGGUUAGUUAUAGUCUAGAAGCGCAGCAUACACACAUUAAUAUAUAUUUAUAUAUAGUAGAUAUAUAAACAUACACGCGAGAGUAUUCAACGUCCUACGUCGGUCAAGACCUUUGAAAGAGGUAUCUUUGAUUAAAUUAAAUCAUCAGCCAAGGCGAACAACAUCAACAAGUAUGCAAGUGAAAAAUUGUAUUUAGUUUUUUAAGCAUCCAAGGGCGCAAAAACAGCAGCAGUAUAAACACUUACUAUUAGCCGACAUAAAUUAGCAGUUAAAAAUCGUAUCGAUUAAGAAGCCAUCUACAGUAGGCGCCCGACAGAAUGAACGCUGGCAAAUGACAAAUGAACACGUACAAAAACUGUCUACCAAUUUCCGAUCCGAUUCGAUCGAUCGAUCCAUCGUUUGAACAGUAUUUUGUGCACAAAGCUGCGUUGCUUUGUUUUCUACACUUAUAAUUCUAACUCUAAUUUUAACGAUUAUUUUUAAAGCACCAACGAAGCGCUCAUUUAAGUUUUAAAGUGUAUUUUGUACUUAUAGCAACUCCAACAUCUGUAUUUAAACGUAUAUUAACUAAAGCUAACAAUUGCCCAGGCAAAAUGCGAACAAUUAUACUCAAAAGGCGGUGCGAGGAUGAUUUGUAAAUGUAAAUGAAAGCAAAUUAAAAUUAAAUGUAUUAAAUUA